UUCAAUACCUAAUAAUUAUAAUCCUAAAUUGUCAUUGAAAUAUAUUGACCAAAAUAAUCAACCUGUUCUUGUUCAUGAUGUCAUUGAAUACAAUCAAAAUAAUGAUGAUACACUUAAAACUAAUAAUGAUGAUACUUCAAUUAUUAAAGAAUCAAAUGUUACUGGUUUAAAAACUCACUCUACAUCACACGUGUCAGUAUAUAAUAUAUUUAAAAAUGGAUCAUCUGUUGAAUUUUGUUAUGGUACAAAUAUUAAUUUUGUGUAUAUUAGAAGUUAUGACCAAAAAAAAAAAUAUUCAAAAGAAAUGAAACAGUUUUACGCAUAUUAUAAAAUAAAGGACAAUUUAAAAAUCAAAACAAAUAUAACCAUUGGAGAUAUGGUUGCAGCCACUUUGUCACAUUACAACGAAAUACACAGAGCUGUAAUAUUAGAUGAGAGUUCAAUUCAUUCUUUUAAAAAUUAUUUUUGUUUUUUUAUUGAUAUCGGCUGUAAAGAAUAUGUUAACCCAAAUCAUAUCUUUUAUUUAUUAGAAGAAGCUAAAAAUGUUCCUUAUUUAGCUCAUAGAGUGGAGUUGAAAAAUAUUCCAUUGCAUAAUACUAUGCAAUUAAAGUAUUUAAAGAACUAUUAUGAUCAAUUGUAUUUACAGCCAUUAUUAAUAGAGUAUGAUGAAAGUGAUUCAGGUGGAUCAAACAAAGCUAUAUUAAAAAAAAAAUCAGAUAAUAAGGAUAUUUAUUUAGAUUUAAAAGAAUUUUUACAAAAAAAAUUAUCAAGUUUUAGUUUGUUACAUAAAGGAACUAAAUUAAAAUUAACAGACUAUUUGAAGUAUAAUGAUUUGUUUAAAAAUGGAUCAGCAGUAUUAAUUACUCAUUUCAUUUCUAUAAAUCAAAUUUAUAUCCGUAUUAACACAUCUGAAUUAACAGAAUACUAUAAUAAUUUAAUCACGGAAGUUAAUCAGUUUUAUGACAAUUCGAAAAGAACGUAUCACAGAAUACAGACUCCAAAAAUUGGUGAAAGAGUUGCUGUAAAAUCUCUAUCUAAGAAAACAUUUGUACGUGCAGCUAUUUCUAAAAAAAUUAAUGACACAACUUAUUCAGUACACUAUAUUGAUUAUGGUGAUAAGGAGUAUGUGAAAGCAAUCAACAUUUUUCAGUUAGACUCUAGAUUUGGACAUUUGCCACAGUCUGUGAUUAAAAUUGGUUUAAAAAUUACUAUGUCAAUCGAUACAAUUAAACAUCUUCCUAAAUACUUCAAUCAAUUAGUUCAAUUAUCAGUUCCAUUAAUUGCGGAGUUUGACGAGGAAGAUCCAUUAGGGUUUCAAAAGAUUGUUUUAAGAAAGAAGCUUGAUGGCGUUAAUAUUUGUGAAGAAAUUUGUAAUCUACCUGACAUAUUAUAAGUGUUAUAAUAAACUUAUGUUAAACAUUUUUGAAAGA